AUGGAGUCCACAGCCAUCCCUCUGAACCUGACCCUGAAAGUGGAGGAGAGCGAAGAACAGAUUCAGAGCCUGGAACUGGAGGAUGGCUGCACCGACAUGCAGAAGGUCCGCAUCUGCUCGGAGGGCGCCUGGGUGCCCGCCCUGUUUGACGAGGUGGCCAUCUACUUCUCCGACGAGGAGUGGGAAGUGCUGACGGAGCCCCAGAAGGCCCUGUACCGGGAGGUCAUGCGGAUGAACUACGAGACGGUGCUGUCGCUGGAGUUCCCGUUCCCGAAGCCAGACAUGAUCUCUCGGCUGGACGGUGAGGAAGACUCUCAGAACCCGGACCCAUGGCCACUCCCAGGAGGGAGCUUUGCAGAAAACGAAGACGCUGACGUCAAGCCCCCGGACUGGGCCGGCCCGGUGCACACCGUGUCCCCGUUGCCCCCGCCGCAGCCCCUGGACGGCUUCGGCCUCCGCCUGCCGCGGGCCUUCGCCGAGCUGCCCGAGUGGGGCGAGGGGUACCCCUUCUACAUGGCCAUGGGCUUCCCGGGCUACGACCUCUCGGCCGACGAGCUGGCCGCCAAGUUCCAGUUCAGCCGGGGCAUGCGCCGCAGCUACGACGCGGGCUUCAAGCUGAUGGUGGUGGAGUUCGCCGAGAGCACCAACAACUGCCAGGCGGCCAAGCAGUUCGGCGUGCUGGAGAAGAACGUGCGGGACUGGCGCAAGGUGAAGCCGCAGCUGCAGAACGCCCACGCCAUGCGGCGGGCCUUCCGCGGCCCCAAGAACGGGCGCUUCGCCCUGGUGGACCAGCGCGUGGCCGAGUACGUCCGCUACAUGCAGGCCAAGGGCGACCCCAUCACCAGGGAGGCCAUGCAGCUGAAGGCGCUCGAGAUCGCCCAGGAGAUGAACAUCCCGGAGAAGGGGUUCAAGGCCAGCCUGGGCUGGUGCCGCAGGAUGAUGCGAAGGUACGACCUGUCCCUGAGGCACAAGGUGCCGGUGCCCCAGCAGCUGCCCGAGGACCUGACGGAGAAGCUCGCCGCCUACCAGCGCAGCGUGCUGGCCCUGCGCCGGGCGCACGACUACCAGGUGGCGCAGAUGGGGAACGCGGACGAGACGCCCAUCUGCCUGGAGGUGCCCUCCCGGGUGACGGUGGACAACCAGGGCGAGAAGCCCGUCCUGGUGAAGACGCCGGGCCGGGAGAAGCUGAAGAUCACGGCCAUGCUGGGCGUGCUGGCCGACGGCCGGAAGCUGCCCCCCUACAUCAUCCUGCGGGGCACGUACAUCCCGCCCGGCAAGUUCCCCAGCGGCAUGGAGAUCCGCUGCCACCGCUACGGCUGGAUGACCGAGGACCUGAUGCAGGACUGGCUGGAGGUGGUGUGGCGGCGGCGGACGGGCGCCGCGCCCAAGCAGCGCGGGCUGCUGAUCCUCAACGGCUUCCGGGGCCACGCCACCGACUCGGUGAAGAGCUCCAUGGAGAGCAUGAACACCGACAUGGUCAUCAUCCCGGGCGGCCUGACCUCGCAGCUGCAGGUGCUGGACGUGGUGGUCUACAAGCCGCUCAACGACAGCGUGCGCGCCCAGUACUCCAACUGGCUCCUGGCGGGGAACCUGGCGCUGAGCCCCACCGGCAACGCCAAGAAGCCGCCGCUCGGCCUCUUCCUGGAGUGGGUCAUGGUCGCCUGGAACAGCAUCCCCAGCGAGGCCAUCGUGCAGGGCUUCCGCAAGUGCCACAUCUCCAGCCGCCUGGAGGACGAGGACGACGGGCUGUGGGAGAUCGAGGGCGAGCUGCCAGGCGGAGGGGAGCUGCCCGCCGAGGGCAGGACAGAGAGCAACUGA